AUGGAGGACACGCUCAAGUCGCUGUCCAUGGACUACCUCAACCUGCUCAUCAACGGGCAGGCCUUCAGCGACGUCACGUUCAACGUGGAGGGCCGCCUGGUGCACGCGCACCGCUGCAUCCUGGCGGCGCGCAGCCUCUUCUUCCGCAAGUUCUUCUGCGGCGCCGCGGCCGCCGACCAGGCCGCCGCCGCGCCCGGCGCGCUGCUGCUGGACCACCUCAGCCCGCGCUCCCCGUCCUCCUCCUCCUCCUCCCCGCGCGGCGGCGGCGCGGGGGCCUCCGCGGCCGCGGCCGCAGCCGCCGCCGCGGCGCCGGGCGCCGUCAUACCCGUCAACUCCGUCAGCUACGAGGUGUUCCUGCUGCUGCUGCAGUUCCUCUACAGCGGCCAGGUGUCCCUGGUGCCGCAGAAGGGGGAGCCCCGGCCGGGAUGCGGCGAGCGCGCGUGCUGGCACACGCACUGCGCCGCCGCCGUCGACCUCGCGCUCGACACCCUCGCCGCCGCACGCUCCUUCGGCGUCGAGGAGCUCGCGCUCCUCACCCAGAAGCAGCUGGCCGGCAUGGUGGAGAAGGCGUCGAUCGAGGACGUGAUGAAGGUGCUCAUGGCGUCGCGGAAGCAGGACCUGCACCAGCUGUGGACCACGUGCUCCCACCUCGUCGCCAAGUCCGGGCUUCCCCCGGAGGUGCUGGCCAAGCACCUCCCCAUUGACGUGGUGGCCAAGAUCGACGAGCUCCGCCUCAAGUCCUCGCUGUCCCGCCGCUCGCCGUUCCUCGCGCACCACCACCCGCACCAUCCGGCGUCGGGCGGCAUGGAGGCCUCGUCCGCGGCUGACAUCGACGACCACCACAAGAUCCGCCGCAUGCGCCGCGCGCUCGACUCCUCCGACGUCGAGCUCGUCAAGCUCAUGGUCAUGGGGGAAGGGCUCAACCUGGACGAGGCGCUCGCACUGCACUAUGCCGUGGAGAACUGCAGCCGGGAGGUCGUCAAGGCGCUGCUGGAGCUCGGCGCCGCCGACGUCAACCACCCCGCGGGCCCCGCCGGGAAGACGCCGCUCCACGUCGCGGCCGAGAUGGUCUGCCCGGACAUGGUCGCCGUGCUGCUCGACCACCACGCCGACCCCAACGUGCGCACCGUCGAGGGCGUCACGCCGCUCGACAUCCUCCGCACGCUCACCUCCGACUUCCUCUUCAAGGGCGCCGUGCCGGGGCUCGCGCACAUCGAGCCCAACAAGCUCCGGCUCUGCCUCGAGCUCGUGCAGUCGGCGGCCAUGGUCAUGUCCCGCGAGGACGCGCACACGGCCGCCGCGGCGGUCAACGCCGCGCCCAUGUACGGCGAGCCCUCCGGCGGCGCCGGCGGCCCCGUGUACAAUGCGAGCGGCACCAGCUCGAGCAUGGUGAACCUCAGCCUGGACAACAGGAUGGUGUACCUGAACCUAGGGAUGGACGCGCAGUUCGGCAAGAUGGGCGACGGCGAUGACGGCGGGAGCAGAGGGCAAGGGGGCCCGUCUUCUUUGUUCUCCCCGCAUGGCUACCAUUGA